AGAACCCUAACAGUUCUGGAGGGAGGGAGAGAGGGAAGAGUUUGCACAAGAACAGAGAGAUCGAGCUCUCUAGUAGAUGGUAGGAGGAGAGAGGGAGCAGUAGUCACCAAGUGAGAAAUAUCAUUGGUCCCUUUUCGCGAAGACAUGAGCGGAGCAACGGCCGAGUUGGUGAGGCUGAUCGACCUCUCGCUCGGGAACCAGCCGAGCGGCGCCGUCAACUUCAACUACCUCCACACUCUCAUGCACGCAAUCGUGGGUCGUCUUGGGUCUAUAGAGCACGCGUAUCUUGCCGAUGGAGCCGUGGACGGCCUGAUCCUGCCGGCGACUGGAGAAAUCGCAGGAGGCGGUGCAGGAACCGCGGGAGGAGGCGUCGAUGCAUCCGCAGGAGGAGGGAGAGCCGGGGAAAGAACUACAACAGCUGCUGGUGUAGGCGGUAGGGAAAUGAAGACAGGAGAACCGAGUGGUACGGAGGGUAAGGAGGGAGCAGUGACCAGUGGCACAUCUCAGGAGCCAGGGAAAGCAGAGGAGGCGGUUGACGGCACUGGGGAAGUCACCAGAAAGGAGCCUUCCCUCCCCCCACCUGGAACGGGGGGAGACGAUCUGUCAGAGUCAAGAAUCCCGUCGUCUGGUCGAGCAUCCAGGGCCGGCCAACACAGCAGUUCAGACUUCUACCAGCGGCAGAAGUCGACGUUUGUGACGGCGGCCAACGACCUGGGAGCCCUGGAGAGGAAACUGCAGGAGCUGGAGAGCAGGCUGAAUGCCAUGGACACACUUCCAGAGCUCCUCGAGAGGAAAUCCUCAGACAUGGGCGCGACGCCGAUCAAGGACCGUUGGAAUUUCACCAACCUCACCAAGCGACUGAGUGCAGCCGAGGAUGGGUUGGAGCAGAACUCGACCCUGGUGGAUGAUCUACUGGGAGAGGUGCAGAACAUCAAGUCUGCCGUGACAGGAUGCGAGAACUCACUGUCUCAACUUGGAGACAAGCUGUCAGGUGAGAUUGCUGGCAUCAUGGAACAGCUGAAGGCACUGGAUGACCUGAAGAUGGCAGCAGCCAAAGACUCCAUGGGAGAAGCCGCUGCAGCGAUGUUGAGUGAGCUCCAGAGCAAGAUUGACUCUCUCCAGUCUGAACUGAAUAAUGUCAAAGGAGCGGUGGAUUCCCUGGACCUGAGUCCGUUUGCCACGAGGGCAGAGGUGGAGGAGCAGAGCCAGCAGUCCUCGGAGCUGGGAGGGAGGAUGGAGAGUGUGGAGGGAGACAUGGGGAGACUCACGGAGCAGAUUGAGCAGCUUAAGACUACGAAACUCAACAUAGCGGACAUGGCCUCGCUGAUGCCAACUGGAGACUCAGAGGAAAUGGCUGCUCUCCUCCCAAGACUCAUGGAGCUGCAGAGUCGACUGGACCAAGUCGAAGGAGAACUGGGGAAGGCCACAGCUCUACCACCUGAUGUGAUGGACCAGAUCUCAGCCAUGCAGAAAGCCAUUGAUAAACUGACUGCCGACCUUGCCUCCCUGUCGUCUCAGAUUGGAGGUAGCAGCGAGGAGCGUGCGAGACUGGAGGAGCUAGGGUCAGAGGUCGCUCAGAUGAGAGAGAGGAUGGCUGAAGUGGACAGAGCAGUCGGUGCUCUCACAGAUGCCGUCUCCACGCUGCGGGAUUCAGCCGCCCCAGCCGAUGAAGAAUCGGACGUCAAGUACGCGGACCUGGACUCCGUGACGGCACUGCAGGAGUUGGUGACCCAGCAGCAGCAGGACCAGGAGAGACUCAUCGGCACCGUCGCACACGUCUCCAACGAGGUGGAGAUCAACAAGGAACACAUCAAGGCUCUCUACUCGUCAGCGGAUGAACUGAGAGCAACAAAGGCCGACAGGGAGCAGCUAGAGGUAGAGGUCAGAGAGAAAGCAGACCGAGCGGCGCUGGAAGGGAAGGCAAGUCGAGAAUGGGUGGACUCGACAUUUGAGAGGCUGGACCAGAAGAUCAGGGAGGCAAGGGACCAAAUGAUGGGGCAGGAGGAAGCCCUCCGCUCGGCCGUGCACCGACUCGACGAAGACGUGGACACAAAACUGGACAAAGGAGAGCUGGAGCCUCUCAAAGACUACUUUGACAAGAAGUUUGCUCGAGUGAAGACAGCUCCAGCAGAGAGAGAAGAGGCACUGGUUGAAGAUGCCGCCGGAUUCAGAAAGUAAGCCAUGCUGUAUACAAUACUGUGGACUGGAGCAUGAGACCCACACCGGUGUACCCUACCACCACAUGCAGGCCUCUGAGGUUUAGGUGCAUCUCCUGUGACAGACCACUGGGACUGAAACAAGCUGAGGCCAUACCAGCUCUACCGUCAGUGGGCACAAUGCCAGGCACUCGCUCCUUCAGACCCUACACCACUUACGAACUGGAGCUCAUACGAAGACACCAGAGAAUGGGUCUGCCUGUGUUUGGACCAAUGAUGCAGUUCUCCCGAGGACCUCGCAGUGCGGGCGGGGCACACACCCUCACCCACAGCAGACGGAGGGUCAGAGUGGCUCCCCUCAGCUCCGCCUACUCCCCCGAGCCCUACACUAACCCUCCCUCUCGAGUCAGUGUUCACCAUGAGCUAGACAUAACUGGUCAAGAUGGCCACAUCUACAAGGGAAGGAUGUCUAGUCGCAACAAACUGCCUCGUCUCAAGAGUCGAAACUACACCUACCAGUGAAACCAUCCACCCAUCCGUCCCACCUCUCUUCCCCAACCAUUUUUCACAUCACAAUACACACACACACACACUCUCUCUCCAUAAGCAUGCACAUGUACACAUCAACAGUGUUCUGCUAUAGACAGCAUGUCGAAUAUAUAGUUUGAUGAGAGGAUUCUCUUUCUAUAAAUCACACAAUGGACACAUGUUCUGUGUUCAAGUCUUCUAUUGUGUGUGGUCUUAGAACUGUUUGUGUCAGAAUCGAUUGGUUAGAUCACGAAAUCUUCAAACGUUUUGUAUAAUUGUACACUGCCACAAUAGCAACAUAAAAUUGGUAUCAUGUCAGUAUUACAUGUGUAAAAAAGCGCCUAGACAUAAAGAUGGAUGAAAGAAAUGGACAUAAUGAGGCAGUAAUUCGAACAGAGCCACAGCGACACUUUACAGAGAGAAAAAGGAGGAGAAAUGGAAGGGGGAGAGGGGUGCCGCGGUAGGGAUCCACUUGUCAAUACUCUGCUUCCUUGAUGCACUCCUCAACCAUCUCCCUGAGUCCUGGAUUCUCCAUGGCCGCGGCCACCCUCUCCUUGUCAUUGAUCUGCUUGUUCACGUCACCUUCGAUGGCGUGCGCACCCUCCGACACAACAAUGUCCAGUUUGAACCUUGCCUCCAAACAUCGCUCCAGCUUCACGCGGAGACAGAGUCCGAUGAGAGUAGCCAGCGAGCAGUGCGGGACGGUCGGAGUAAACACUAACUUAAUCCACAGCUCUUCUUCUUCCUCUUCUUCGGUUUUGUUGGUAAUGCCUGAGGGCAGAGUGGAUUUGGUUUCCACAGAGGUUUGACUGCUGCUGUCGGUUUGUUGAGUGUUGGAUGCGGCAACUCUAUUCUGACAGAAGGUGUGGCGACGGACAGUAAUGCAGUCCUCGCUGACAACAUUGAGCUCCUCCAGAGUGUGAGGGUGUUCAGGGUCCUUUAUGUCUCGGAUCAGACCGAAUAUCUCCGAGACUACAGGGUCCAGUUGGGGGUCAGGUGGCUUGUGGGACGGGCUGCAGAGCGUUGGGUUUGGGUUGCUGAGCCCUCCUUGAGGCUGCAGCGGGGCUGCGGCCAUUCACAGAGCUACCGGACACGCUCCAGGAUGCCUGUUCGGCAUCAGCUUGUUGCGCUCCAAUUAGAAUCAGCAGU